AUGAUGAUAAGACAUAACAACAGCAAAAAGACAAAGAUUGGCAAGGAUUCAAACUCACUUCCUCCCGAUCUACUGAUAGAAAUCUUGACUAGAUUGCGUGUAAAAGCUGUGUCUAGGUUUUUCCUUGUUUCUAAGUCAUGGUCAACUAUCAUCAGCAGCCAAGUUUUCAUCAGAUCGUUCCCCUCUCAUUCGAUACAGCCACAACCACCACGUCUGCUCUAUGCUGUAAAUAGCAUAUAUAAACAAAGCGGAUACUACAAGUGCGAUGUUCAUUACGUCAAUGGCUUGAUAAGCUUUGGAUAUGGAGAGAAACAAAUCAUAACUCGCCCUAGUACAGGUAAGUCCAUAUACUUACCCAGAGUGAGAUCAAGAGAAAAAAUAAUUCGAAGUUUUUUCGGAUUUGAUCCAGUUGAAUCCCAAUAUAAAGUGCUAGCAGUGUGUAAGUCUGAAAAGGUGGGUGACUACCCCGAAGUUACUUCUUCUGAACAUAAAGUGUUUACAUUAAUGGGACGAGAAGGAAGAGUUGCACAAGCAUGGAGAAUGGUUAAGUGUAACACUAGUCCUCAUUGUCCUAUAACUAAUAGUGUGUGCAUCAAUGGGGUUAUGUAUUAUGUCUCUUCCACGGGCAAGAAAAGGAUGUCCGAAUGGUUCUUAAUGAGGUUUGAUGUUAGGACCGAGAAGUUGGAUCUCCUUCCUCAAUUAUCCUGGAUUCCAGACGGUUUUUAUCGUCUAUCUUUGAUAAACUACCAAGGAAAAGUAACAUUUGUCGUCCAAACUUAUCCCUCUAUUACUACAUUUGAUUUGUGGGUUAUGGAAGAUACUGUAGAAUGGUCGAAGAUUCGUCUCGACAUUCCUUGGACAAUGUCACAUAGCAUUGCUAGGGAAAUCUAA